AGAGAGUGCAGGACAGACAGACAGGUGACAGUCUCAGGUAUAUAUAAACUGGGACACAGGCAAUGGUAUGCCCAGCCUAAAGAACGCGAGACGCUCUUCUUUCCAAGCUCCUUAGAACGCCCCACGCGUAGCUGAAUCACGUGACCGCGCAGCAACAAAUCACAGCAGACCCGGAUAACGAGGGCCGAGCGUAUAAUGCACCUUUCAGUUGUUUGCCAACCGCCAAUACAAAUGUCAGAAGAAGAAGAAGAAGAAGAAGGGCCGAGCGUGCGCGUGCAGGAGAUGAGGCGAGCAGAGAGAAGUGCUUUUCUAUGAAACGAGUUAAUUAGUAAACUUAGAGGAAUAUAUCUGCCUCGAUCUGCACACCUUGCUGAGAUCAGCGUGAACCACGUGGGUACCUGCUCCGUUUCCUGUGUUUGGAAAGAGUUCCAGCUUCAUCACGGAGUUCUUGGGCUCAUCUAAAGACCAUAAAACCAUCACAGCUGAAUCUGAAAAGAACGUCACUCUACCAUGUCGAGCUCCAAACAACAACAACAUAACAGUAUUAGAGUGGAGCAGAGCUGACCUGGAAGAUGAAAAUGUCCUUUUGUACCACAAUUGAUCUUGAUGAGCAGCAUCCAUCUUUUAAGAACCGGGUGGAUCUGCAGGACAGACAGAUGAAGGAUGGAGACGUGUCUUUGAUUCUGAAGGAUGUGACGAUUAAUGAUGCUGCAACAUACAUGUGUCGUGUCAUUACAAAAGAAACCCACCGCAGAAAGAGAGCUAAUGUGGGUGUCAGCUUCAUUCACCUGAGAGUUGAUCCAGUGAGGAGAAACAUCACAGCUGAGUCUGGACAGAACAUCACUCUUACAUGUCGAGCUCCAAACAACAAUGACAUCAUCAUAGCUGUAAAGUGGAGCAGAGCUGACCUGAUAGAUAGAUAUGUGUUUUUGUACCGGGAUGGAUACUUUCUUAGAGCCAACCAGCAUCCAUCUUUUAAGAACCGGGUGGAUCUGCAGAACAGAUGGAUGGAGGAUGGAAACACAUCUUUGAUUCUGAAGAAUGUGACGAUUAAUGACGCUGGAACCUACGAGUGCCGUGUCCAGAGAGAGGGAGACAGUAUGAAGUUCAUCAGCAUCAUCUAUCUAAGUGUUGCUGAUCCUCCAGGUCGGACAGGAGGAACUGUUGCAUUGACGUUUUUUGGUUUGCUUCUUGUUGCUGCUGCUGUUGGGUCUGUGAUCUACAAAAAGAAAGAAAAUACAAAAAAAAAAAAAAUAAAGUUGAUGAAUAAAACUAUCCUGAACAUCCAGCAGACGACUGGAUAGUGUAUAAUUAGAAUGAACCAACAACAUAAACAUUUUCUGAGGAUUACAGAUGAUCAAUAAUCUUGUCCAGGAUCCUGAGUCUGAAUAGUGUUUGGCUCAGUUUGGGUUAUUUAGCAUCUAUGAAGCACAUUUCAAAUUAAAAUUAAGUAGAUCUAAUUUCUUGUUGGUCUAAAAUAUUUAUUUCAUGUUGUUGUAUGUUUGUGUAAAAGCCUUUUCUUUAGUUGAAAAUGUUUAAAAAUGUUUAUAGGAUUAUAUAAAUAUAAAGAUUGAUGUGGUUGAAGACUCAGAUAUUUCUCCCCAUCUGAUGCUAAACUGUAAAGCUUACAAACCACUUUUAUUUAACUUUCUGCAAAUCAUGAAGGGGAGAGUGGGGUGAGUUGUGCCAGUUUUUACUUACAUUGACUUUAAAGUGAGGCCAUGACAGUAAUGCUUCCAACAAAAAUACAUAUGUUUCAUGAUGUUGUGCACCCCUGGGAACAAUCACUGUAGAUCUGAAAUAUGUUUUUUAAGAAAUAUAGCUUUCUGGAAAAAACCCAAAAUGUGGUGUGGGGUAAGUUGUGGUGUUGAUUAUAAAAGUAAAACAGUUUUGAUCUCAGAAACUGUAAUGCUAUACAAAUUUUAUACAAAAUGACUUUUCAAAGGUUCAUAUAAAGUUAUUUUAUAACUUCAAAGGACAAUUUUAUAGUAGCUAAAUCUGCCACAUGAGCACAUCAAAAGUCAAUUUUCUUAAACAAGGCCUAGUGCCACAUGAACACAUGUUCAGAACAAAAUAAAAUGCAAAUGAAGAUGAAAUUAACUGCAUUUCCCUUCACAGAUCUGGUCUACUCCCUAACAUCAAAUUGUCCAUGUUACCCACUGCUCAUUGAGCAGUGAGCAUCCCUUUCACUUUUUCUUAAUAAAUGCACACUUAAGCCAA